AUGAGACUCCCCUACGUCACCGAUCCUGUCCCGACCAAGACCGAGGAAGAAGCCGGAAUUGUCGAGCGCAUCAGGGCACGAAGAGAGCCUCGCCCCCUGCAGGCUCUCGACCUCACUCUCCUGCACGCACCUCCGAUUGCCGAUGGUUGGAACUCGUUCCUCGGCGCAGUGCGCACCAAGAAUUCGCUGCCGGAUGACGUGAGGGAGCUCGCCAUUUCGCGAAUUGCGGUCUGCAACAAGGCGUGGUACGAGUGGACGCACCACGCACCCCUGGCGGUCAAGGGAGGCGUCUCUGAGGCCGGCAUGGAGGCCAUUAAGCAGGAGACUCUCGGCGAGCGGCCGGCGGAGUUGACGGAGAAGUUGUGGGCUGUGGUGUUGUACACCGAAGAGAUGACGAGGAACGUGCAGGUCAAGGAUGAGACAUUUGACGCUCUUCGAACCUUCUUUAGCGAGAAGGAGAUUGUUGAGCUGACCGCAACUGUCGCCUGCUACAACUGUGUGAGUCGCUUCCUCGUGGCGCUCGAUGGUAAGUCUAAACACACCAGUCAUAUUCAUGUUAACUAGUUCUAACAUCCAUGCAGUCGGGGAGAGGAAUGCGACCGGCCCCGAUGCUGCGUAUCACUAAUGGUCGGGCGGUGCCCCGUCGGACUACCGAAGAAGAACAAUAAAUGUCCAUGAAAUUGGGUAUGCGAACGGAAAACAGGAAACGUGGAACCAAGCAAAACCAACUGAACCAAAGAAAAAACAAGAAGAGGACGAAUAUGAACGACGAAAAGAAGAAAGAAAAAAGCAGAAAACCGGGGCUUAAGGCCGCGCAGUAGGGUAUCCCAUCUAAGUAAAGUGAAGCGAAGAAACCCUAACUCCUCUGGACCUUCGUCAUGCUCAGUCUUCAUACAGUCAUGUCAUCCCUCAUAAGAAUCCAGCCCCCCUACCUCGUAAUAAAUGAACCUGUAGUUUAUCUCAGAUUGUGCUGUUCGUAAAUGAUGCCGGACAGUCCGCCGUGCCAGAACGCCGCU